AUGUUAUGUCCAGGCAUUCAGUGUAUUAAGGCCAUGUUAUGUCCAGGCAUUCAGUGUAUUAAGGCCAUGCUAUGUCCAGGCAUUCAGUGUAUUAAGGCCAUGCUAUGUCCAGGCAUUCAGUGUAUUAAGGCCAUGCUAUGUCCAGGCAUUCAGUGUAUUAAGGCCAUGCUAUGUCCAGGCAUUCAGUGUAUUAAGGCCAUGCUAUGUCCAGGCAUUCAGUGUAUUAAGGCCAUGUUAUGUCCAGGCAUUCAGUGUAUUAAGGCCAUGUUAUGUCCAGGCAUUCAGUGUAUUAAGGCCAUGCUAUGUCCAGGCAUUCAGUGUAUUAAGGCCAUGCUAUGUCCAGGCAUUCAGUGUAUUAAGGCCAUGCUAUGUCCAGGCAUUCAGUGUAUUAAGGCCAUGCUAUGUCCAGGCAUUCAGUGUAUUAAGGCCAUGUUAUGUCCAGGCAUUCAGUGUAUUAAGGCCAUGCUAUGUCCAGGCAUUCAGUGUAUUAAGGCCAUGCUAUGUCCAGGCAUUCAGUGUAUUAAGGCCAUGCUAUGUCCAGGCAUUCAGUGUAUUAAGGCCAUGCUAUGUCCAGGCAUUCAGUGUAUUAAGGCCAUGCUAUGUCCAGGCAUUCAGUGUAUUAAGGCCAUGUUAUGUCCAGGCAUUCAGUGUAUUAAGGCCAUGUUAUGUCCAGGCAUUCAGUGUAUUAAGGCCAUGCUAUGUCCAGGCAUUCAGUGUAUUAAGGCCAUGUUAUGUCCAGGCAUUCAGUGUAUUAAGGCCAUGCUAUGUCCAGGCAUUCAGUGUAUUAAGGCCAUGCUAUGUCCAGGCAUUCAGUGUAUUAAGGCCAUGUUAUGUCCAGGCAUUCAGUGUAUUCAGGCCAUGUUAUGUCCAGGCAUUCAGUGUAUUCAGGCCAUGUUAUGUCCAGGCAUUCAGUGUAUUCAGGCCAUGUUAUGUCCAGGCAUUCAGUGUAUUCAGGCCAUGUUAUGUCCAGGCAUUCAGUGUAUUCAGGCCAUGUUAUGUCCAGGCAUUCAGUGUAUUAAGGCCAUGUUAUGUCCAGGCAUUCAGUGUAUUCAGGCCAUGUUAUGUCCAGGCAUUCAGUGUAUUCAGGCCAUGUUAUGUCCAGGCAUUCAGUGUAUUCAGGCCAUGUUAUGUCCAGGCAUUCAGUGUAUUCAGGCCAUGUUAUGUCCAGGCAUUCAGUGUAUUCAGGCCAUGUUAUGUCCAGGCAUUCAGUGUAUUCAGGCCAUGUUAUGUCCAGGCAAUCAGUGUAUUCAGGCCAUGUUAUGUCCAGGCAUUCAGUGUAUUCAGGCCAUGUUAUGUCCAGGCAUUCAGUGUAUUCAGGCCAUGCUAUGUCCAGGCAUUCAGUGUAUUCAGGCCAUGUUAUGUCCAGGCAUUCAGUGUAUUCAGGCCAUGUUAUGUCCAGGCAUUCAGUGUAUUCAGGCCAUGUUAUGUCCAGGCAUUCAGUGUAUUCAGGCCAUGUUAUGUCCAGGCAUUCAGUGUAUUAAGGCCAUGUUAUGUCCAGGCAUUCAGUGUAUUCAGGCCAUGUUAUGUCCAGGCAUUCAGUGUAUUCAGGCCAUGUUAUGUCCAGGCAUUCAGUGUAUUCAGGCCAUGUUAUGUCCAGGCAUUCAGUGUAUUCAGGCCAUGUUAUGUCCAGGCAUUCAGUGUAUUCAGGCCAUGUUAUGUCCAGGCAUUCAGUGUAUUCAGGCCAUGUUAUGUCCAGGCAUUCAGUGUAUUCAGGCCAUGCUAUGUCCAGGCAUUCAGUGUAUUCAGGCCAUGUUAUGUCCAGGCAUUCAGUGUAUUCAGGCCAUGUUAUGUCCAGGCAUUCAGUGUAUUUAG